CGGCUCGGCAGUGUUGUUGGAACCAGCGAUCGUCGAGGUACUCCCCGUGCGAGAUCCAAGUCGCGGAGUGACGAAGUGCGAAGCGAAAGUCGUGGGAAGUGCAAGUGCAGGCCACAGGUGGCAGCCGGGCGCCGCAGCGACUGAAAUGUCAUACCCAGCCCUGAGUGUCAGCCUCGGGCCGCCUCCGCCGCCGCCUCGGGCUCCGGCCCAGGCCCAGGCUCAGGCCGCCGAGGAGCGCCGGGAGGCCAGUGGCAGCGGCACCGUGAUCGGCAUCGACUUCGGCACCACCAACAUGGUGGUGGCCGCCCUGGUGGACGACGACGUGGAGAUCCUGUCCAACGACAUCGGGGCCAGGACCACGCCGUCCUGCGUCCACGUGCUGGUGCCCGACGGCCCGCAGACCCGCGGCCUUUCGACCAGGAGGGCGUGUGAGGAGCGGCAGACGGGCGAGGCGGCACUGCGCCUUGCGGUGACGGACCCCGACAAGACCUUGCGAAAUGUCAAGCGAGUUAUUGGUCGCUCCUACCGAUCAGUAAUGACUGACCCAGCCAAGCCACUUAUGGGUCCCAUCAGAUUGGCCCCUGGAGUCGGGGAUUCUGUGAGAAUUCGCCUGGGAUUCGCUGAACUCUGCCCCGAGGAAGUUGUGGGCUCCCUACUAUUGGAGUUGAGGAAGUUUGCAGAAAGCCAGCUCAACCAUGAAGUGAGGAGGGCUGUAAUGGCAGUACCCUCUUACUUUAACAUUGCUCAGCGACAAGCCAUUAUUGACGCAGCAAGACUGGCGGGGCUGAACACGGUGCAGCUCGUCAACGAGACGACGGCCGCUGCCUUGGCCUACGCGCGCGACCGGGAGGACGAGAAGAAUGUGGUCGUCGUGGACGUCGGCGGCGGGGGCGGCGCUGUGUCAGUCGUCCGGGUCAAGGAGGGUGCAGUUUGGGUCGUGUGCACCUCUAUGAAACGGCUGCCGGGCGGAGAGGACAUCGACUCUCAGAUGAUGAUGUAUCUGAGACAGGUCAUCAAGCAGGAGCAUGGAAAGGAAGUAAGGGAUCUGCGGUCCGCGGAGAUUUUGCGGUCGUGCUGGGAAAAAUCGAAACAGAAACUCUCUCGUAUCCCCCAAGUGGAGCUGUCCACCUACCUGCCUGGACCGGACCUCGAAUUUAAACACAUUAUAUCCAGGGCCCAAUUCGAGAAAGAGUGUCAAGGACUAUUCGGCGAGAUCAUUCACGCAAUACGCGACAUCGCGGUCACAGGAAUGAAUGCGCUCGCGGUGCAGGAAUAUGACAGUGUGGUGCUGGUGGGGGGAUCCACUCGCAUCCCUGUCCUCAGAAACGAGAUCAACAGGAUGUUCCCCAACAAGGUGCACAAGGCCCUGAACCCGGACGAGGCGGUGGCACAGGGAGCGGCUCUGCUGGCGGCUGGGACCGUGCGGCUGGAGCGGGAAGUCCUGGGACUCAACACCUGGAUCACCAUGGGCGACACUUCUUACACGCGGCCGUGCGCGACGGUGCUUGGCCUCAAGAGCACGAUCGAGCGCCGCCCACUGACUAGGAUGACGUACCAACGGCAUAGAUACAAUUUCUCGGUCGAGCAGGCUAGUCCAUAUGAUAAAGACGCCCUUAUAACAAUAUAUGAUGACCAGAAUGGAUGCCCCGUCAAGCUUCACUUUGACAUGUCAGGAACCCUCAACUGCUAUGACGCGGAUGGGGCUUUAAUGUACUUUACCCCACGGUUCUGCCUGGACAAGUCAAGACUGAAUAUGCUCCAAAGAAAGAUAGAACGGCAGCUGCACAGCGAUAAAAGUGAAUUGGAACGCACACAGGCCAAAAACAGUCUGGAGAAUUUCAUUCGGGACGAGCUAUCAAAAGAGCUGAUCCAUGACAAGUCGCUGGAGGAAGAGCAGAAGCUGAAAGGCCACUGUAAAGAAGUUCUGGAUCAAAUUUCCGUGGAUCCGAACAUGCCGAAGGAACGCGCCAAUGACGCCCUCUCGUACCUCAGCUCACUCCGUAUUGAGAUCGACAAUGCGCGGCACCUCGCUGCGGUCGAGGUUCAGAAGAAGGAGUUACGCGAGGCGAUUUCAAACUAUCUGGCCGAGCUGUUGCGGAUAGAGGUGUGUGAGGACGACCCGGCUUUCGAUCUGACCUCCAAACUGCGCCCCGCCUGGUUGGAGGACCAGGAGUGGCUGCUGGCCCAUGGUGAAGAGGCGUCCCUGCAGGAGCUCGAGCAGCGCGCGGCGAGGUUGAAGCAAGCCGUGGCCGACGUGGAGGCCGUCAGGGAGGAGCGGCGGUUGCAGGCCAAGGCCAAGCUGGCGUCUUGUGUUGAUGCCUUGAAGAUUUCAUUGGAGAGUGCUGAUGACUUAUUGGGUUUCAAUGAUGAAAAGUUAAAACAGGAUAUGAACAACAUGUUGUCAAAAUGUUUGGAAACGACUGCAUGGCUAGAACGCCACCCAAAUGCCCAAAUAACAGAUUAUGAAUGCCAAUUAAAACAUUUGGCUCCACAUGAGAAACAUUGGAAUGAAUUGAGCCAGAAACUCUUCAAAAUAGCCCUGGAACAAAAAUUGAAAGAUGUGAUGGCUCAGUGCCCAAAUGAUGAGGACUGGUGUACUAGGUAUUCAGAGAAAUUCAUAUCUGUUAAAAGUUGGUUGGAUUCCAAAUUGCAAGUUGCUUCAACAGAGGAGCUUCGCCAGAAGUUGCUUUAUGUUAGGAAAGAAGCAGCCAUGUUUGCCAAAGACUUCGAACAAAACAGAUUAGGUUUGUUAGAAAAGCUGAAAACAAAGCUUCAUUCACUUCUUAGUAUGCAGACAAGCUCAGAUAUGCCCUGCUUCCCGCUCGCUCUUCAGCUUCAAAGUUACUGUCGUAGCCUGAACAUCUGGGUUGAGGAACAUCCUGCUCCAACACGAGAGGAAAUAAGUGAACAUUUAACUGACUUAAACAAACGUGCAGCAGAGUUUAAACGUGAUCAAACCCGAACAAGAAGGAAGAACCUGAGGACGCAACUCUGCCAGCUUGUUCGUGGAAUAACUUUUAGGAAGGUCCAUGAAAAUGACAUUGUUCGUGAUUUGGAACACAGUUUACAAGCCCUUUGCAGUAACAAUUAUGUUGUUGUUCUUGCCGAUGAGAAACUAAAUUCUGAUCAACUUGAGUCCUAUCUCAAUGAAGUAAGAGAAAAGGAAAAGGAGAUUAAAGAGGAAAGAGAGAAAAGAACGGCAGCCAGAGACUCACUGCAGAAAGCUUUGGAUUUGGUCAUGAAGGAAGGUAAUUUAGAGUUGGUUGCCCCCUUUUAUGAAUGGAUUCAAUCGCACCCAGCAGUUCCAGCUGAUGAAUUCGACAUGAGGCGUCUUCAUGUCCUGGGUGAAGCUGGUAUUACUGCUCUAAGUUGUCGACCUACAAAAUUAGAGAAAGCAAUGCCACAAAUCUCACCCCCUCUGGACGAAAAUGUCUCAAAAAGUGAUGAUGGCACUGGUGUGGAAGUGAAGUGUGAAUUGCUCUCCCAAAUUUCUAACACUGACGAGAAUGACAACACGUGUGAAAAAGAAAGCAAGGUGGAUAAAGUUAUAAGCGACAUCAGGGUCAUGACGCUGAUGUCGACCCUGUGGGAUCGGGCCCAGACGGACCCUCUCGGCUGGGCAGUCACGGUGGCGUUCUUGCCGGCCAAGCUGCUGGAGAGCCAGCUGGAGGUCCUGAGGUCGCUGUCGACGGCUCUGGCCGUGGAAAUUCUGCGAGUGGCCCAGGUCGGCGGCGGGAUGGCCCUCCUCGUGGACAGGCGGCAGAGCGAGGCGCGCUGCCUCCUGUCGCUGUCGGUGCGCUACCUCGACGAGCGCGGCAAGCCCGUCGAGAGGCUGCUCGUGGUGCGGCUCGCCCAGAUUUGCAGCAGCGACGGCGAGGCGUUGGCGCAGUCCUUCUUGGCGCUCUGCGAGCGUGCCCAGGUGCAUUGGCAGGCCAUCCUGGUGGGCGUCAGCGCCGAGGCCGCGGGCCCCGAAGGCAGGGCCUUCGUACAGUGUCUCCAGGCCUUGUCGCCCGCGCCCAUCGAGGACCUCGUGAACGCAGCAGUGCCCCUGGAGGACAGGGUGGCCCUCGCCUGCUACGCGCGCCUCCGCGAGAAGCACACCUAUCAAGUGGCGGUCCAGUUCUUCAGCACCAUGGACAUGCUGAGGAGCCUCUUCGCCGUAGACAGCCCGUGGUUCCCACUCCUAAGGGAAACCUGUGCGUCGCUGUCACAGGAGGACUUGGACCCCUGGGCGACCUACUCCAGUGCUAUCGCCUUCGUGUCUGCGGAGCGCGAGGGCAUCGUCAAGGCACUGCACGAGCUGGCCAACGUGGAGGGGCGCCACUACCAGGUGGUUGCCGUUCUCACCGACGCCCUGUCCCUGUCGUCCCAGGACAAUGGAUUCAACAUUUGCCUUGCGUCGUUUCGCAAUCUGUUCGCGGAGGCGGCCAAGUUCUUCGGACAGGCGGGCCUACCGACCUUCUUCAACCUGGAGCACGCCGGCCUGCUGGCGGAGAACCCCUUCCCCUCGGUGGAGGCUGUGCUCGAGCAGCUCGUCCGCCCGGUCAGGAGGUUGGUUGCCGGCCGCGUGUGGUCCAUGGAGAAGGAGAGGGACAUGUGCUGCGUGGUGUCCACGUGCGUGGAGGUGACGGCGCAGGCGAUGGAGCGCGCCAGGCAGCAGAUGGUGCACGUCGCGGACAUCCUGAACCACCCCGUGUCCGAGGCGGCGGGGCCCUCCGUGUUCGGCAACGACUUCACGCUGGAGAUCCAGCAGCUAGGCCUGGAGCACGCCGGCAAGUACCGGAACCUGUACAGCGCGCUGGGCGGCGUCACCUUGGAGGACUUUCAGGCACGCUUCCCGCACCUGCACCGGCAUGUGGUUCGCGCCCUCGUGGCGCCGGUGCUGCCAGCGUACGACCGGAAGUCCACGGAGCAACUGAGGGAUGUGUUCCAGAGGACGGCGUCCUGCCCCGCGGACAGAGUGGGCGACUUCGCCAUGCUGGUGGCCAACGAGAAGUCCACUCCCACCAUGAGCGAGGCUGUGCGGAUCCUCAACCACCGACUCUAGGCCCUCUUCCAACUUGUUUUUCUUUUCUUGUCAGAUUCGCUCUUAAUUAGCAGCAAUCUUAAUUUUAAGUUGUUUAUUUUAUUUUGAUACAUGGAAAGAGCAUGUAGUUUGUUGUCUCUGAGGCGCCCGUGUGGGGAUGAUUUCUUCUGUCCAAAUAUUAUGUAGCAAUUUUGUUUUGUGCUGAUAAUUUUAAUCAUCUCAUGUGAACGCCUAGUCCAUUGUACCAAAGUUUUCAUUUUUGUAACUUACCUAUGUCAUGUGUGAUUCUAAGGUGAUUGAAGUAUAAACACCAUUCCAGAAACUU